CUCCUUUAUCAUUCUAGUUUAGGAAUCUUAUUCAAGCUCCAUUGAUGGAGGUUUCUAUACUUGUAUUAUGUAAUUGAGUGAUGGGAGGGUAAUAAUGAGAAAGAGCAGGCUUGGACGUUAGCCUAAAAAGUCCCGUGGUUUUCUCCCUUUCCGGGUUUCCACGUAAAAAUAGCUAGUUUAUACACCUUUUAAAUUUAUAUUUACAAUCUCAUGUUGGAUUAAACUCAACAUUGGCACCGUCUUUGGGAACAAAUAAAAAAACAUAAUGUGUUCUUGAUUUUCUACAAAAUUUGGAGACAAAAACGGCUAUUGAUUUCAACAACAAGAAGGAAAAAUGAUUCGGAGGUGAACUGAUUUCAGCAAUUAAGAAGGGAAAAACAGUCCACAAUGACAACCAAAAACGUUGUCCAGCCAUGUGAAGUAGCUUCACCCUCUUCAAAGAUAGCAGCUGUGGAUGAACCGCCAUAAAAUUUAGCAUGUGGGACAGCAGCAGGAGACUCAUGUGGGGAUGGGCCCCGCACACUUAGCAACGAGGAGGGUGGCCUCUAUUCACCCAUCACGUGGGGAGGGGCACAGGAAAUGGCAGAUGAGUAAUAUCGUACUCUGAGAUGACAAGUUCUGACACAAACACAAGUGAAUGAUUGGACAGAUUCAUCAAUAUCUGAGAGAGAACCCCGACUCCCGAACGGGAACAUCCCGAACGCCAAGGCAAAUUACUGUACCGACGGGAAUCCCAUGGCACUAGUUCAACAUCUACAAACGGGAGCAUCUACAAUACCCGACCAUUCCGAAGGAUCUGCAGAAGAGGUCAUGCACAUCAGCAGAAAAAUAACCUCUUCGAAUCAUAAAAGGACCGAACGGGAGUUCCCCGGACAUUCUCCAAAGGGGCUUGACCGGGCCGAACAUCAACCAUGGCUUAAGGUGCAGCGUUUUACUCAUGAUCAAUCAUGCCAGAGAGGAUGGGGUUCCAAUCAUCAAUUGCCUUAUGUUAAUAAUAUUCAUUUGUGCUUCUCUUACACUUCAAGCAAAUAUGCAUUUUAUGUAAUUCUUCAUAUCAUAUUUCAAGCAUAACAACUAAUUCUGUUGAGGGUAGGUCCCGUAGAUCCGAAAGCUCAACACGAACUUUGGAUAUAUCAGGAAUGGUCCAGAAUCAAAGUGUGUGAGAAAAUAUAAAAUCUGAAUUAACUAGAACUCGAAAACCCAAUUGUAU